AUGUUUAACUCGGUGAAUCUGAGCAACUUCUGCUCACAAACGCGUAAAGAACGGACUGCUGAGUUUGGGGACAGAGGCGGGUGUACCUCCAAUCUGUACCUUCCGAGCUGCACCUAUUACGUCCCGGAAUUUUCCGCGGUGUCAUCGUUUUUGCCACAGGCCCCAUCUCGUCAAAUCACCUACCCGUAUUCCACAAAUUUAUCUCAAGUACAGCCGGUGCGAGAGGUCUCGUACGGCUUGGACCCCUCUAGUAAAUGGCACCACAGGAACAAUUACGCAUCCUGCUAUUCCGCAGAAGACUUGGUGCAUAGAGAAUGCAUUCCGCCGUCCACCAUGACGGAAAUGCUAAUGAAAAACGAGACCGUGUACAGCCACCACCAUCAUCAUCCCGCUUCCAGCCAUCCGUCCACGGGUCUCUACUCCGGGAUGGGCAAAAACAAUGUCCUCCCUCAAGGCUUUGACCGCUUUUUUGAAAACGCCUACUGCGGAGCCGAAAGCCAGCCGGAGAACUGUUUACAAAAGAGUGAGGCCGGCAAGUUAGAGCCGGAGAACCAGACAAGCGCUCUGACUGACGGGGGCGACCCCAGCAAACCCCCGCACCCGCACUCACACCCGGAGGACGACGAGGGGAGCACCAACUCGGGGUCCUCCUCCGCCAACAAGGAGGCCGGUUCAGGAAAAAACAACAAUAGCGCAAGUGCGCCACGAACAAGAAAGAAGAGGUGUCCGUACUCGAAAUUCCAAAUUCGAGAAUUGGAAAGAGAAUUUUUCUUUAACGUUUACAUAAACAAGGAGAAAAGGCUGCAGCUGUCAAGAAUGUUAAAUCUUACCGAUCGACAGGUCAAGAUUUGGUUUCAAAACCGGAGAAUGAAAGAAAAGAAAUUAAGCAGAGACCGCCUGCAAUAUUUUUCCGGAAAUCCUUUGUUGUGAACUAUAUAUUCGUUC